AUGAGGCGAACGGGCAUUCGACGCGUGGCGCCGUGGGUGCCGCCACCCCGUCACGACGUGAAGGUCACGAUGCCGCCGCCGCCCGGUGGUGAGGUUGGUGGCUCUUUUGGCGUCUCAAUAGGCUACAGUGACCGUAUUGCAUGCACACCCUACUGGAAGCGCAUGGCUUUGUCGAACUACGCACUACGCAUGAAGGAGAAUGCGACGCGGUAUCCAAUGAGUGAGCAUCGUCCUGGCGAGUAUGACAUCCGUUAUCUUCCCAAGCCGUACCCAUGCACAAUUCGCAAUCGACCUUUAUUAGAGGUUGGGGAACCGCGGCAAAUUCCAAGCAUUCAAAUCCCUGUUAUUUUCCUUGUGAACUUGUAUAACGAGGAAAAGAAUUCCUGGUUCGGUCGCAAGUAUGAGACCGUAUAUGUGAGCCGACAGUUUAUGCGGGAGGAGUUGAUGCCCCAGCGGUAUGCCAUUUACGCCACGCCAGAGGCUUACGCGUUGCUUGGGUUGCCGGUUGUGGACCAUGGGAUACACAAGGAGAUUCCUAAAACACCGCGUGAAUAUGAAAAGUUGCUUGAACGGCAGAAGUACGACGAGGAGCGAUGGAAGUAUUCGAUUGAGUAUCUUUUUCGAAAGUACGAAGCGGGACCCCCCGAACUGUUGGACCGCGCCGAAGAUACUUGGGAUGGGACAGAAGUGUUGGCUGUAUCGUCUACAGCAGGUGCCGCACGUCAUGGGGAGGCGGUGCAGCGCAAAGGGGCCAUCAAACAUCGCAAGGCACGGAAGAUUAAAUUGUUUUAG